AUGGAUGCCGCGAACUGGAUGGAUCGUUUUGGGGUGAACCGCGAAUUUAGCAUUAUCCCAGGAGUCACAAUGGUGACUUCCAAGAGUGUUAAAGUGCAGAACAAUGAUAUCGCUUUAGAUGCGGCGCGACAAUUCCCGGAAGACGCGGAUUCAAGAACCAACCAGUACCUGCUCAGAAAAUUGGAAAACUUCCUGGAUAGCCACUCGCUCAACGUAAAUUUAUCGAUGGUCCUUAAUGACCAGUCAGAAGUAAGUGCUCGAGCCAAAGACAAAAAGGGUGGCGACACGAAAACCAUUCUUACAACAGGCAUAAUGAUCGUUGCAGUUUUCACCCAACUGGCUCUCUGGGGACUGGCGGUUUUAGGAGGCAAAGCACUUAUUAUCAGUGCGAUUUCACUUUUGUUUUCUGGAAUUCUAGGAAUCAAGGAAUUGACGUCCAAAGAAAAUGUCCAUGUUGCCCAAGCUGCCCCACAUCGGGCUUCCGAAGGGUGGGAGUCUUAUUCAGGCCACAGUAGAAGUUCAAACUUCAUUACUCCGGUUGAAGUUGAAAAAACAAAAUACAGCAAAGGCAAAUAA